AAACUUUGCCACCAUUGAGUAUGCUUACCUGUACGUGGAAGCGUUGUCUUGUCUCACCUGAACUGCUCGAGAUGGAGGGAACUUUAUGAUAUACCAGGAUAUCUAUUUCUUUAUUCAAAUUUUUUUUUUAACAAAGGGUUUUACUUGACUUCUGCCAAGGUGAUUUAUUUAUUUUCAUACCAGUGAAUAUAAUAGGCUACAAAAAGCUAUUCCUACAUCGCGUCGGGAAUAGAACUACGGGCACCAUUGGAUAAACAGGUCUGUAAUCGUGAACAGGACCCUCAAGCUCUCUAUCCAGCCAUGUGGUAGUCUACACAUCUUUACCCAGUUAUCAGUCAGCCCACCACACCCCGGACCCACCUGGCCACCGCUCACUCCUCACCAAACUCAGCCUUCAACAACAGUAUCCCACAGACAGCAGCUGGUCUCAUGGCCCACCCCUAUGAACCCUGGUUACGGACAGCACCCCCUGGUGGCAGCUCAGACGAGAUGAACGUUCCCUCAUGGUGGGACCUCCACACCGGGCCAGGGAGCUGGAUGGACCUGCAGGCGGGCCAGGGUGUGGGCUUACAGGCAGUUGGUCAGAGCUCCAUGGGGCUGCAGUCCUCCCUGGGACCUUACGGCUCCGAGCCCCAGCUGUGUACUCCUGCUCAGUUAGCCCAGCUGGCCCCAGCCUCACACUCAGCUCACUCUCACCUCUACCCCCAGGAUGGCUUCAAGAUGGAGCCGCUGGGAGGACCUGAGCUCCUGCAGCCGGAGUCAUACUCCCUGGAGGAGCCACAGGAGGGUGCCACCUCGGUCCGGCCCAAGCCCCAGCGCCGCUCUGCCUCCAGGGGCUCGGGCCAGUCUGUGUGCCGGUGCCCCAACUGUGUCCACGCCGAGCAGAUGGGCCAGAGCACCGAUGACGACCGGAGGAAACACAUGCACAACUGCCACAUCCCGGGCUGCGGCAAGGCCUACGCCAAGACCUCCCACCUGAAGGCCCACCUGCGCUGGCACAGCGGGGACCGGCCCUUCGUCUGCAACUGGCUCUUCUGCGGCAAGCGCUUCACGCGCUCCGACGAACUUCAGCGACACCUGCAGACGCACACCGGCGCCAAGAAGUUCAGCUGCACCAUGUGUCCCCGCGUGUUCAUGCGCAACGACCACCUGGCCAAGCACAUGCGCACGCACGAGUCUCCAUCCGGGCCAGGGGAGGAGAGGAUGUAUGGAGAGGGGGGCAGAAUGGGGAAGAGCUUUGACACGCCUUCUCCUCAGCCCUCCCACGCCACUGCAUCUGACACAGAGGCACCCCUUAAGCAGCCGAAAUGUGAGAAAGACCCCUCUGGGACAGGACAGUCCAGCUAACUGUAUCCCGUCCACAUCUGGAAUGCUAUACAGAUCAUGUAAUGUCAGUAGGCUACAAUCAGCCCCUUUCUAUCAGACAGAGAAUCCAUAGUUUAUAAUACAUGUAGUCCAGCGGAGGUAGAAUCAUAGGUGGUUUUAUAUUAUAAAUUGAUAGUUUAUUUCUACCAGAUGCAUUGAACAACAUAAGGCAACAAAGGGCCCCUCUGAUUUUAAGAAUGCAUCAUAUCACAUAUAACAGCACCAUACAGCAUAGACAGACAUAAAACCAAAGAGCAUAUGUUACAUCACCAACAGAGGACAAGCUGUCAAGUGCCUUACUGGAAGGAUAUCCAUCUAAGGAAUCAAGGAAAAUGAUUUUUUAGAUGAUCUCUUCCAUUUAAAGAUAGCUUUGGUGGCAACCAAACCAGAGCCAAAGCUUGCUAGCUGCUAGGACUUCCAUUGCUGCUACUACUAUUAUACCAUCCAUCCACAGAGACUUUGAGAACGAGUUAAACUGAAGAUGGUGCUUGAUGUGUUUACAGUAAAACUACUAGCUACUUGGAGAGAUAUUUAUUUCCAGGAAGCCCUCAAUCUCUCCAGUCUCCACUGCACACAUCUAACUGAAUUUAAGGCAAUGGAAGUAGAGGGUUAGAAUAUGUUGGUAUGUUGUGUUGGCUUCCUUUUCCCACCCUUUAACCCACCCCCUUGACUUGCUGUGUAUGAUAUACUGUAUGUGAGUGUAUGAACAUGUCACUGGAAAAUUCCACACUUUAUUUUUGGUUUUGACCACGCACAAUGUUGGCGUCAACCUUUUGCCAAAAAGCACCACAGUAAGCACCACUAUAAUUCAGUUUGGUGCAGUAUGUGGGCGGUGCGAAUACAAAAUAACUGCAUUUGCUCUGUAGAUGGCAAAUGAAUUAAAAGUAUGGCACUUGAAGUGCAGAGAUGUCCCACUACAGCACAUUAUGGCAUGGUAUUCAUACUCCAUGUUUUAUGUCAAAAAUAUAUUUUCUGUUUAAUGUACAGUAAGAAGACAUCAAUUGUGUUAUCAAUGUAUUUCACUUAAACGCACCGUAUGUAUCAUCAUGUUUAAAUAUCCCUCAACUGUGACUGAAAAGCACCGUUGCUCCUCUUUUGACACUCCUUAUCUCGGCUAUGCAGGUGUGAAUGUUACAUGAUGGCAGCCUAUCUCAUUCACAGGGAAUGUGUAAUUCCAUGGUCUUGUCCCUGAUAGUGUAUGAUCCACACAAUACUAAGUUCACACUUCACAGAACCUACUGUAGUAGCAGGUUGAUGAGGAUUUCCUCGGACAAAAGACAGGCUGGAUACAUCACUAAUCAUGAAAUGUACGCUAGACUGAAAUGUGAGCUGAACUGAAAUCCCUAGUUGAGAGGAACUUAUGUAAACCAUAUUUUGUCACAACAACAACUUCCGGGAUAAGCAACAAUUCCUCCUCCAAAGUUGUUCAAGCAUAACGCCAAAAACAGAUAGAGUGGAAUUGUUUAGAACCCAUUUUGAUAUUAAUAGUCAUAAAUAAUCAUUUAUAUCUUGAUAGAAGAUGCACUUCGAUAAAGUUUUAGGAAUCCAGUAUAGACCUUUCUAAAAUAGGCUUAGGCCUGUGUGUCGUGGUUUAGGCUUCUUAGCUUAUAGUAAAACAAAUUAGCCUUGUUAGGAAAACAUGGUUGCAUUUUGAGUAGUGACUUAGUAAAAAUGUGCUUAAAAGGGUCUAAGCUGAGGUUUAGCUAUGUAGAGAUCUCUUACUGAGGUGUUUAUUGUAGCCCCCAUUAGAACAUCCCUAAAUAAAAUAAAAUAUGUUUUUUGAUGGUUUACUUGCAUUUUGUGUAUCAAAUGUGAUGAAAGGACAUCACUUUGAGACUCAUCUAUUGCAAAUCACUUGGGGCCCGAUUCAGACUUAGGAAAUGUACGCCUUUGCUACACACGUCUUUCCUACGCACUUCACAGUAGUUGGUAUUCAGUCAUACCUUAUGCAGGUGCGGUUCCCUUGCGCAAGCUGAUACAUUUAAUUAAACCGAUGAAAACCCUCCCACUUGCUGGCCAAUAGAUUUUGCUGUGGAGUUUUCUUUCAAUAGGGUUUCCAGUACAUUUAUAUAAAGCUAUCCCUUUAAAUGUGGUGUACCUUUAAUAGAAUUGUCUUGACAGACUCAUUAGAAUAUAUGGAUAGAACAGUUCAGAAUAUUAUGGAUCAACGAAAGAAAGCCAUGUAGGCCUAAAUACACGCAUAUUCAUCUCCUUUUCAGCACCAAUUGGUAGAUCUUGUAUAUUAUUUAGGGUUAGGAAAGUAUUUAUGAAUAAUCAGUUAUGAGGGAAUUAAGCCAAGACAAGGUUCAAAUAUGGCGUAUCUGAGGGCCUCCCAAGUGGCACAGUGGUCUAAGGCACUGCAUCGCAAUGCUAGAGGCGUCACUACAGACCCUGGGUUCGAU